AUGUGCAACCGCUCGCCGGAAUCCGGCUGCUCCUCCCAAGCGCCGCCCACGCCGUCCUCUGCUCGUUCCCGCACGCUGCCGGCUGCAUCUCGCUGUUUCGCGCCGCCGGGAUCACGCCUAUCGCCUUCCCGCGGACGCCGGAGGAAUAGCUCAGGCACUGCUCCUCCACAUCCUCUUGGUUGCAUGACCACCACUCUGCCUUCUUUCGUUGCGGCUUUGUCGCCGUCGCAUCUAGGCAGAAGCGAACCAUCUCACGCGCCCCUGCCAGUCCCAGCAACACGCAAAAAGCUGUCGCCCCUUACCUGUUGGUUGUCCGCUCAUGGCAACCCUCCCUACGCUGAGGCUGAGCUGACCGUGGCAGUCUGCGAGAGCCGAUCUGGGCCGCAUCUUCUUCAUCUUCAAAGCAACAGCAGCGAGCCUGUUCAGUUCGUCUUCAAGGAGCAGCAACGCAUCACGUUCACCCACUAG